CUAUAAGUUUAAUAAUCUUUAGGACCAUAUUACAUUUUCUUUGAAUUUAUUAUUAUAAGAUUUACGUGAAAUGCCAUUGUAAACAUUAAAUGUAAAGAGGGAAAACCAUUUAUUUAUGUAGGAUGUUACCAGCAUACCAGUUGUCAAAAGGUGUUACAAUACAUUAUAAUGUGGACGCAACAAACCUUAAAAGCCAUUGCGCUGUAAGCAAACAGAAAUAUGACAAAAUAAUAUUCAAUUUUCCACAUGUUGGCGGGAAAAUGAAAAUACAUUUAAACCGUAAACUUUUAAAAGACUUUUUUUCAAGUGCCUGUGAUGCCUUAAACGAAGAUGGUUCCAUUAUUGUAGCACUGUGUGAUGGCCAGGGAGGAACUGAAGCAGACAAAAAACAUCGGAAUUGGAAUGACUCGUGGAAAAUCACUGAAAUGGCUGCCCAAUCGGAUCUUAUUCUUUAUUCCGUUGAACCAUUUGAUGUCAAAUCAUUUUCAAACUAUGUCAACGUAGGGUACAGGAGUUGUGAGAAAAGUUUUCAUUGUGAGAAUGCAAUUGUUUAUUCGUUUAGAAAGCACCAGCCACCUCGAAUCCUUCAAGAGGAUCCUGAAACUUGGAAAAGAGCAGAAGGAGAUACUUUUGAUGCAAUAAUAGGUGCUCUAGAGAAAUCGCUGUCCAAUCCUUGGGAAAAUCUCCAUUCAGCUGUGAAUUACAUAUAUCAGAAACUCCUUGAACAAAUUACUUCCUCAGGCUCAAAUUUUGCUGAACACAAACCAAUUGUCCGAUAUGUAUCUUCCAUGGUUUUCGAUAAUAAAAACCAAUUCAAUGACAGCCCAGAUAUUAAGUCAACCCUGGUGAAUAUUUUUAAUAUGGCAAACUUAAAAACCUCUGGAAAAGAAUGUGUGGUUGUGAAAUGCUUAAUGGUAAAUAAAUCAGCUUCUUUAAAGGAAUUCGCUGAACCACCAGUCCGAUGCCAAGUUUUAAUGUUUGGACACAACCUUUCUGAAUUAAUUCACCAGUGUCUAGUUGAUUUGUUUCAGUUGUUUGAAGUAGAGUGCCAUUUGUCUGGGGAUGAGAUUAGUGGUCUUUCACAGUGCCUUUUGACUCUCGACAAACACGUUGAAAAUAUAACUGUAUCACUAACCCUAUCAAACGGAGUUAAAUGCCAUAUUUUACAUAUUGAUGAUGUUGCUCAAGUCCUGUUCAAAAUCAAAGAUUGGCGGUCACUCUGGGAUGGCCAUGUUGAGACCUCUUCAAACAAGUUCACACACCACCCCACAGUUCUGUUUCCUAAAGAGUAUGCAUUUGAUUUAGGAUUGUCUGUACCCUUACAGAUCAAGGAUGUAUUUGAAAAUGAAUUCUAUCAGACACUUUGGCUUCUUGCUGGUGAUAUAAUUGUCAAAGUAGAACAUCUAACGACGUACGAGCCUACAGAUAGAGAGUUGAUUUGUUAUUGUUAUCGCAUUACUUAUAAAUCCUACAAUGCACCACUUUAUAGGAAACGAGUAAUAUUUUUCCAUGAAAAAAUAAUAGCCAAAGUAAUUUCCAAAGUGUUAAAAGUAAACAUUACUUAG